GUCCGUCCACAGAACACGCCACAGUGCUGUUGUGUCGCUGGUCCGAUAUACAUAUUUUUUCCGGCCGCAUAAACGGAGGAAGUUGAAAAAAAAUAUAAUAUAUUUACAGUCGACAUAAUUUUAUAUUAUAUUAAACGCUCGAGAGGAGAGGAAGCCAGUGCCCGGUUUUCAGCGAGAUAGAUUCGAGAUCGUUCCUUUUUCCGCGGGCAAGCAGGACUCUCACGAUCCUCGAUCUCUCUUCGUACAGUGUAUCAUCAUGAAGUACAUGGACAUGUUCCGGAUUGUUGCGCUUAUUAGCGCGCUACGCAUAAACGGGAACUUGGCGUUCACAUCCGGCGACGAUAAGUUCAUAAAAAAAUACGCCAUGAUGAAGGUGUACGAGAACUGUUUCGGGCCGGAAGUAGUGAAAGAAGUGCGGAAAGAAAUGAAAAUAGCCACGGCCAAGUGCAACGGCAACAUGCCCAUGAGUGUACCUACGCCCAACAUGGGCUCUUUGAAACUGGCCGCGUCGCCGUCAAGCAUACACGAAUUCAGCAGCGCUCACCACCAACAGAAUCAGCACCAGGCCAAGCCUCAAGAGGAGACGUCAUUCAGCAAGACGCAGCCUAGUGGCAUCGACAUAACGAAACUUCAGCAAGCAAUUCUGGCCGGAUACAACAAGCACCUGCAACAGUCUUCUCACCAGUCGUACUCUCCGUCGGCAUCUGUGGCAUCAGCUUCGCAUCUCCAACCACAACCACAACAACAACUGCAGCAACCACAACAGCAGUACAUCAAACCGUGGACUUCGGGAUCGUCCUCGGCGUUCUUGGACCAACAGCCGUCGUACAUGACCAACGCUCUAUUCUACCCGCCAAACGCGGCGCAAAACGCGGGCAACGACAUGUACCUGCCGAGAAUAUCCACCGUCCCGCAACAGCCCUACCCUGGACCAUACCCCAUGAUGGCCGCCGGUCAAAUGUACCAGCCGUACUAUCAACCGUUCUACCCCACGCACCGGACUUCGAGAGUCGGAGGUUUUGACGUCCGCAAUCAGAUGGACACGAUGGCUGCCAAGAUGACCGGCAAGAUCCGAAACGUCACGUGCGUCAUGCAGGAACUUGGUUAUCUCAACCAAAACAUGGAACCAGACUACGAAAACAUGAACGACAGGGUGAUGAGGCUACCGAUAUCCGAAGAGCUUAAACAAGACAUGGUCGACGGCAUUACAUAUUGCAAGAAGUUUUCGAUGUGCGUACCGGAUGAGAGAAAAGACAAGUUCGCCAAAGAGUUAGUGCGACCAAUGUUCUUUUUCAAAUGCUAUAAACAUAAAAAGUUGGAGUCAUGUAUAAUGAAGGAUAUCAGAGACCGUUACACGGCAGAAGAAUUUGGUGAAGACAACAUGGUGACGUCCGAACGAUCGAUGAGAAGCUCACAGAACUUGGAAGACGAUACUAUUGAACAGACAGUGUUCGAUUACAUUUACGGCGACAAGUCCAUAGACUUAGACGUUUUGCUGUGAGCCGAUACGCAAGUAUUUAUCAACAACUAUAUAAAUGCUCAACCGCGUCGUCUGUCACACGAAAGAAAAAUCUGUCAUCUGCGUCCUAGAAAGUCAAAUUAUAUACGUUUAAAAGUAUAAUUUUAUUUUCAUUAUGUUUCCUUAAGAUAUAGCCUGUAAGAGAUAUUUAAUUUAUUAUUGUGUACGUUGGUCCUGGUUUUAAAACGCUACUAAAGAUAAGUAAAGUAAAACCAGCAGUGGCGUUUCGAAAUCAGGACGAACUCUCAAUUAGAAUAUUUAUGUAUUUAUUUUAAUUUGUCAAGCUUAUUAUAAUUUAUUUAUUAUGAAUAAUGGUUUAAUAUAAAAAAAUAU